UCUGUGAUCUCAUCAACCUUUUAACACGAUUUAAUUGCUAAAAAUACCUUUCUAUGUGAAUUUAGAAACAUCUAAUUACGGUGAAAUUGGCAUGAUACUUCCAUCAUUAGAACUGUGAUUUGUGAAUAAUUUGUCAAAUUGUGUUAAAUCUUUACUGUACUUUUAAGCUUAGCUUUUUUAUGCUUGUUGGCAUUUUCUGGUGAUUACCUAUUUAUUGUGAUCUUCAAGUGUUUAACUAACCAAUUGUUCAAAAUUCAAAAGCAUAUGCUUAAUUAACUGUUGACUUGGCUAAUCUUUGUUUACUUUUUUUAUAAUCUAUUUGAUUCCAUCUAUACAGCCUAUCUUACCUUAAAUUAAACAAAGCCUAUCUGAUGGCUGGUAAUUUCUGGCAAAGCUCUCACUUUCAUGAAUGGCUUCUUGAAAGACAAGACUUGAUACGUGAAAGACACGCAGACCUUCAAAUACUUUCAGAAGAGGAAUAUCAAAAAUUGAUGAUAUUUUUUGCUAACUUCAUACAAAUUCUUGGUGAACAAUUAAAGGUUAAACAACAGGUCAUCUCAACCGCUAUUGUUUACUUUAAGCGAUUCUAUGUUCGCAAUUCUCUCAAAUGUAUUGAUCCUCUUCUCAUGGCUCCUACCUGUAUCUUCUUAGCUUCUAAAGUUGAAGAGUUUGGUGUCAUCUCUAACAGCCGUUUAAUCAGCAUAUGCCAGACUGUUGUUAAAAAUAAAUUUGGCUUUGCAUUUCCAGAGUUCCCUUACCGAAUUAAUCAUAUCUUGGAAUGUGAAUUUUAUCUUCUUGAACUGAUGGACUGUUGUCUCAUCAUCUACCACCCUUACCGACCACUUAUUUCAUAUACUGCAGACAUAAAAGAAAUGAAAGACUUGAAAGAUAACAAAGACUCUAAAGAUGAUCUUCUAAACACGGCUUGGAGCGUUGUUAACGAUGCAUACAGAACUGAUAUACCAUUACUUUAUCCUCCUCAUAUGAUAGCCAUUGCGUGUCUUCAUAUGGGAUGUGUCAUCUCAGGCAGAGACUUUAAGCAAUGGUUUGCUGAGCUUAACGUUGAUUUGGACAAGGUAUUGGAAAUCACUCGUCACAUUUUAAACCUCUAUGAGCUGUGGAAAAAUUUCGAUGAUAAAAAGGAAGUCCCAGCUCUCUUAGCUAAGAUGCCCAAACCUAAGAUACAACCAUCCAGCGAGUGUCAAAAUAUUAUUGUAGACAAUCUCGAACUCCCUUAUUGGGCUUAUUAUUCCGAUAUGGGCUUGAGAGACUUCACUGAAUCCAAUUAUUCUUCUUAUGGUACCUAAACUUGCAAGAUACCCAGUUUGACAUCUACCUGGUCUUUUCGGAUGAUAGGAGAGAGUCAAUUGUAAUUUGGUAAUCCAAUUCCUGCAACUUUAUUGUCUCUUCAUCUCAACUAAUUUUUCCUUAACAAAAUUUAACUAUUCAACCUUUUCUAAUACCUUCCCAAAAUUAACCUGAACCUCUUUUUGGUCAUUUAACUCUUCUAAAAUCCCAACAAUUCUAACUUUACAUUAAUUGUGUCUGUCUUUUCUCAUCUAUCUCUUUUCUCUCUCUCUCUUUUCUCAUGUAUUGAUCAGGUUUAUAACUGGGUUUUAUAUUCGAUUAAGAUUUUAUUUCAUCUUUAGGAUCUUAAAUGUUAAUUGAAUCCUAUUUAUAAAUUAUUUAAACUCAAGUUGAAUUUCUCAGCAAUGAAAGAACCAUGGAGCCAAAAAGCCAACAAACUCUUUCUAUCUUAAAUCUAUUGAUAUUAUAUUGACUAUCGUGAUAAUUAACCAUGGUUCUUAAUCAUCUAUUUAUUAGAUAAAAAAUCCAUUCACAUGAAAUUGUCUUUCCUUCACACUAUUAUAAUCUUUUUUCUGUAACACAACAAACCUCAACAACAAAUCUCAACUUUGGAUCAUGCUUUUUCAUUCUUUUUGCCAAACAAAAUUAUCAAACUUAAUCCAAAUAAUGCAAACGUAAUAAUUCAAUUCAUAAUGAAAUUUCAAUAAAACCAAAGACUGAUGAGGA